GGCCUCAUCAUCUGGCUCCGUUUUGUUUUAAAGGGCACAAACGACCCCGGGGCAUUCAAUUGGCGAAAGUAACAGGCGGAGAUUUUCAUUCCCGAGAAAUAUACCCAAGCAAUCCCUUCAGCGAUUAUGUUGCAGAGAGCCAGACGACGUUGCGAGGGCACUGCCAUGGGCGCUAUCGUCCUUGAUCUUAGACCUGGCCUUGGAAUCGGUCCCUUCUCACUCGGGAUGCCCAUAUGUGAAGCAUUUGCUCAGAUAGAGCAGCAGCCUAACAUAUAUGAUGUUGUCCAUGUGAAGUAUUUUGAUGAGGAACCCUUAAAGUUGGAUAUUGUUAUAAGCUUUCCAGAUCAUGGUUUUCAUCUUCGGUUUGAUCCAUGGUCCCAGAGACUGCGCCUAAUUGAGAUAUACGAUGUGAAGAGGCUUCAAAUGCGCUAUUCCACUUCUCUCAUUGGAGGACCAUCAACUUUAGCUACUUUUGUUGCUGUCUAUGCACUCUUUGGGCCAACUUAUCCUGGAAUUUUCGACAAGGAUCGAGGCAUUUACACUCUGUUUUACCCGGGUCUUUCCUUUGCAUUUCCUAUUCCAAGUCAGUAUACGGACUGCUGCCAUGAUGAAGGAGUGGAACUGCCAUUGGAGUUUCCGGAUGGCACUACACCAGUUACAUGUCGUGUUUCUAUAUAUGAUAGUUCCUCUGGCAAAAAGGUUGGUGUAGGAUCCUUAAUGGAUAAGGCUUCUGCUCCACCAUUACCUGCUGGCAGCAUUUACAUGGAAGAGGUUCAUGUUAAGCUAGGGGAAGAAUUGCACUUUACAGUUGGUGGUCAGCGAAUUCCUUUUGGUGCAUCUCCGCAGGAUGUUUGGACUGAACUAGGUCGCCCCUGUGGAAUUCAUCAAAAGCAGGUGGAUCAAAUGGUUAUUCAUUCUGCUUCUGAUCUUCGGCCUCGAACAACUCUCUGUGGGGAUUACUUCUAUAAUUAUUUUAGUCGUGGGCUUGACAUUUUAUUUGAUGGACAGAGUCACAAAAUAAAAAAGUUUGUGUUGCAUACCAACUACCCUGGUCACGCUGAUUUUAAUUCAUACAUGAAGUGCAAUUUUGUUAUCUAUGCCUCAUCAGAUUCAGUUGGGGGAUCUUUUCAUGAUGCCAAUGGCAGCAAACAAAAAGUCAUUACACAUUCGACAAAGUGGGAACAAGUUAAGGAAAUUCUUGGUGAUUGCGGUCGAGCUGCUAUUCAAACACAAGGUUCUACAAGCAACCCGUUUGGGUCUACCCUUGUGUAUGGUUAUCAAAAUAUUGCAUUGGAGCAGGUGAUGAAAAACGGUUAUAUUGCGACUAUUACUCUCUUCCAGUCAUAAUAAAUGUGAUUGCUGUCAUAUAAUAGAUCAAGGUAGUUUGCUAUGAGCUAGUACAAGACCCAUGUCUGCAUUUCUCCCGGGCUUCAGUCUAAUUAUUGCUCUGCUGCAUUUAUUGACUUAUAGGGGUAUCACUAGUAGGAAUCAGUCCGUGGCCAUCCUCAAGAGUUGCUAAUUAUUCUUUGUUCCUUGGCUUGUUUAAGCAGUUGUCUCGUCGGGUUGUGAUUUAACAAGGAGCAGCCAACGUUAUUUGUACAGUCCAUGUGUAAAAUUUUUUUUUUUUGUUUAAAAAACAAGGUUUAUUCAUGUACAUCAUGGCAAGGACCAAUAAUUGUACAGUUAAGUUACAAAUUGUACGUCUUCUGUAAACUGUCUAUAUAGGUAUAAUUUUCUUAACAUGCCAA